AUGAUUAGCACCAUCAGCGGAGGCCCCACUCUGGUAGGACCCUCUAACCGAUCGGUGAAACAAUAUGUGCGUGCCGCUCACUACCCUCAAGUCUUCGGCAUCGAGGCCGAUCGGCACCGCAAGGUCCCGAAGGUGGGUUGGGAGCCCAUCACCUUUUGUGAAGAAGAGGAAGAAGGGAUCAUUUACCCCCACGAUGACUCAAUGAUCAUUCGGGCCGAAAUCGCCAAUUAUGAUGUAGGUCGGGUACUGAUCGACACUGGAAGUUCGAUAAAUGUAAUUUUUGCCGAUGCCUUCAGAGGAUUGGGCAUUGCCAACAGCAUGGUCAAUUGGCAGAUAACGCCUCUACUUAGUUUUUCUAGGGAUCUGAUCCAGCCAGUCGGUAGUGUCAGUUUGCCCAUCGCCUUCGGCGUUGCCCCUCGAAAAACGAUGACCUACAACCAAUUCCUCAUCGUCGACUGCCCAACGGCUUACAACGUCAUCGUAGGACGGACGACACUCACCAGAGUCAAAGCACACUUGUCCCCCCACAUGUUGCUAAUGAAAUUCCCAACCAGCAACGGCACUGGCGCUCUCCGAGGGGACCAGCUCAGCGCACGGACUUGCUAUGCGACGGCCCUGAAAUCGAUAGCCCCCAAACCUCCAAUGGAAGCAAUGUCUAUGAGAGCGGUACCGAACGGUAGCGGGCCUAUAGAAGACCCGAGGGAGGAAACGCCAACACCGUUAGCACAACCUGCCGAGGAGUUGGAAACGGCAGUUCAUUGA